UCUAUCUCCCCACCACUGUACCGUAUCCCGGUCGGCAACGCGACACCCGACCGACGCAUAUUGUUGCACGGGUGGCUCGACUUUGAUGGUUGAGCUAGGUCGAGCGUUGCUGAUCGAACGACUCUUCUGGCGUGCGUUAUCGAAUUGAGAUAGUAGGGGUGAUAGGAACAUGAUAGGCAAGCAAAGUCAGCUGGAUAACGACGAGGACAAUCAGUCGCGAAUAAAACUGAUAACGAAUAAACGGAGAUUCCUGGAAGAGAAAUCUGCCCAGAUUGAGGCAGAAAUCAAAAGCUGUUUCAACGAACUAGUAAAAGUACUUCGAUCUAGAGAAAAGCAACUGCUACGUCAGGCCGAAGCCAUUCAUAGACAACAACUUUCACUAGUAGAGACUUCAUUGGACUUUCUGCCAUCGUCAAUAGUAGUAUUGAAUGAUAGAAGCGAAUUAGAGGAGCAAAUACGUCAGUUUGGUAAUAUUGAAACAUAUGGCUUGAAUGGUAUUACAGUGAAGGAUGCAGAGCCAUAUAAAGUUGUAGAUUACCAAGAUGCUAAUAAAGAUCAUGUUAGCUUUGACAAGGCGAUUACAUGCCAAAAAAUCAAAGAUCAAGAUCUGAGCCUUCCACGUUGCAAAGAUUUUAUAUCCGAUUAUAGAACUUUACGUAUUUCAAGUUUGCCUCCUACCUUCAAAAAUUUACAAAAUUCACAAAAUGUAAAAAACAACGCAUUGAAGAUUUUCAAAAAUACAUUAUCCUUGUCAGGAUGUUCACCACUUUUAAUUAUAAAACGCAAACUUGGCCUAACACAUGUAUCCUUAGAUGGAUUACAUGCCUUUGGCAAAGCAUAUUCACGGACUAUACAGUCCCUCGAGAUGUCUUAUAAAAACACAGAGUCCUGUAGGCUAGAUAUCUUGACACAUGAAGAGAUUGAAAAUAAUUUACAAGAAUUAGAUAAGGAAAUGUCAAGUCAGGAUGACUCCGAAUUGAUUAGAUACUCGAAACAACGAAAAAAAAACUACGAGCAUCCGAUACAGGUACAGCAAUGGUUACAACAAAUUCUUGCAGAGACUGAGAUAGAACCUGCGAUUCAUGAAAUUGGACAAUUUUCAGAAAUAUCCAAAGUGAAACUUUGUAAUAAACUGUAAUCUUAUUCAUCAAUUGGUAUUUAUAUUGGGG